AUGCAUAGAACGCUUCUGUUUUUAACGUGGCUGAUAUCUUUAACAAAGGCUUUUAAUAUAAAAUUACCACACACUGAAAAAAAAGACCAUUUGGAAUCCAACGCUGUGCUGGCAUGCGCAUCCUAUAUAAAUACUCUGAAGUGGUCAUUUGAUAGCUCCGUCGUACCGGGUUUCUAUUCUACCAUAUGCUCUUAUUCACCAGCGUUUGAUACUUGGUCACUUUGUAUCUUCAAUUCGCUUACAGACCAGAUUAUUCCCAUGGACAACACAAGUUUCGAAGAAAGCUUGGGUAACGUACGAAAAACGUGCUCGUUUGUCGAUAAAAAGUUUAGCAAUAUUUCACUGGAGCAAUACUACUCAUCUUUAAAUAAUGCUUCUUCUCACGCUUUGGAAGACUAUGGUUCUAUUGAAAGUUUAUCGACAUCCAUUCGAGUCGAUCGUGAGACAAGAUCUAGAUGGAUACGAGCUUUUCAUGCGCAUGCCUAUAAUUUAGAUAUCAGCAGUGUUUAUGGUGCAUAUUUAACUUACUACUUCGUCAUAGUGGGUAUUAUCGCCGUCUUCUUCCAUAUGAGUCACUAUAACGGCCUGAAUCGAGCGCUAUUUGCAAGCCGGUUCGUCAAUUAUAUUCGGGGCCAUUUUGUGUUGCCUACGUUUUUAGUAGAUAAGCACGCUAAUCACUUCAAGUUUCUAAACGUGGAAGUCUUUACGGGACUGAUGCCGAAUUCCUUGGAGGCAUGGAUCAUUUUUGGAUACACAUUGGCGAACAUCAUAUUUUUGUCCAUAAGUUACAUCAUAGACCCAUAUAACCUCAUUUUCAACAGUCACCUGUCGCAGUUUACAAGACUGUUGGCUGAUAGAUCUGGGAUACUGGCGUUUACUCAGUUCCCUCUCAUUAUCAUUUUUACGGCAAGGAAUAGUUUUCUCGAAUUUUUAACAGGAGUCAAGUUCAAUUCCUUUAUUAGUUUCCAUAAAUGGAUCGGUAGAAUCAUGGUCUUAAACGCAACGAUACAUUCGCUUUCUUAUUCAUUAUUCGCAAUUAUCAACCAUGCCUUCAAAAUAAGCAACAAACAGCUCUAUUGGAAGUUUGGUAUUGCAUCCAUAACAGUGCUUUGCGUUCUACUAGUUCUAUCGCUCGGAAUAGUAAGGAAAAGACAUUACGAAUUUUUCCUGUACACCCACAUCAUACUAGCCCUUUUGUUCUUUUACUGUUGUUGGCAACACGUCAAAAUUUUCAACGGUUGGAAAGAAUGGAUAGUGGUAUCCUUGCUCAUUUGGGGGCUGGAAAAGCUUUUCAGAAUAUGGAACAUUUUGCAGUUUAGAUUUCCGAAAGCAACACUAAUCAAUUUGAACACCAGCAACAACCCGCACGAUGAAAUGUUUAAAGUAAUCAUACCCAAAUAUAACCGGAGAUGGCAUUCGAAACCGGGUCAAUAUUGUUUCAUUUAUUUUUUACAUCCAUUGGUAUUUUGGCAAUGCCAUCCAUUUACCAUUAUCGACGAAGGUGAGAAGUGUGUUUUAGUGAUCAAACCUAAAAGUGGUCUCACUAGAUUCAUUUAUAACCAUAUUUUGCAAUCUUUAAAUGGUAAAUUACAACUCCGAGUGGCCAUUGAGGGACCUUAUGGGCCCAGUAAUCUUCACCUCGAUAAAUUCGACCAUUUGCUGUUACUAAGUGGAGGAACAGGCUUGCCUGGUCCAUUAGAUCAUGCCAUUAAGCUGUCACGAAACCCUGAUAAACCCAAGAGUAUAGAUUUGAUCAUGGCGAUCAAAAAUCCUUCUUUUCUUAACGGCUAUAAAUCCGAGAUACUAGAGCUAAAAAAUAGCCGAUCCCACGUCAACGUGCAGGUUUACCUUACACAGAAAACAGCUGUUACAAAGGCAGCAAACGCACGAGACCAAUUAAUACAUUUUGAUGAUAUAAUGACCGAACUGACAAGCUUCGCCCACAUCGGCAAUGCAAGACCUAAUUUUAGCAAUGUAAUUGAAAACGCAAUAAAAAGUACGCCGCCUGGAGAUUCAUUAGCGGUCGUGUGCUGCGGCCCUCCUGUUCUGGUGGACGAUGUUAGAAACACCGUUUCUCAAAAACUCCUCGGUUACCCAGAGAGAAUUAUAGAGUAUUUCGAGGAAUAUCAGUGUUGGUAA